GAGUUGAUCAGAGAAGAAGUAGUUGCAAUCAAUAUGGGCCGAAAGGGAGUCAAGGAGGAGCAGCAGGUGAAGCGGAAGAAGGUGGAUACGGUGAGUGAGGGCAAGAAGCACCGAGCGGAGAAGGUGGCGAGUGGACGAGGACUUGGCAAGGGCAAGGCCAAGGGCAAGGCCAGGGGCAAGAGCACCGGCAGUGGCAGUGGUAAGGGCAAGGAGAAGAGCAAGAGCAAGAGCAAGAGCAAGAGCAAGAGCAAGGGCAAGGAGAAGAGCAAGGGAAAGAGCACCAAGGACGACACCGACGCCGACGCCAGCGAGGAUGGUGAGGAUGGCGAGGCGGGCAAGUCGGCGCCUGCGCCUCCGUCGCUGGACGACAUCUUUGCCAUGGCUAAGGCGCCUAAGGCCAGUGGAAGUGGUGAGAAGGGCAAAGGAAAGGGUAGAGGAAAGGGCAAGGGCAAGAGCAAGGCCGGCGCAUCGGGUGAUGUUGAUUUUGCCGAUGUCCGUGGGAGCAAGACCGGGAAGGCGCGGUAUGUCGACGGCCUCCGCAUCUACACCCUCGACGAGCUCAACAUCGGCAAGGGUGGCAAUACCGAUGACUGUCCCUUUGACUGCAACUGCUGCUUCUAGAUGCUACUCGAGAAUGGGCGGGAAGGCGCUCGCGGGUUGCGGAUCAGGACGGCUGGCGGCCGGCGGCGCCGGCAAGAGCGCGCGGAGGCGGGCAACGAUGGCAUCCACGGCGCUAGCGCCGGGCUCCGCAUCGGUGGCAGGAGCACCCUCCUCCGGCAGCGGCGGACGAUCGGUUGUCGACGUCCAGAGCGAACGCUCGUCAGCGAGCGCAGAGGUGAGGUCGGCAACCUGUGCCUGGAGGUGGGCGGUGGUGGCGCGGGCCGACUCGUCGGCCUCAGCGGCGCGGGUCGCGAGUGCCUCGUUGGCUGCGGUGAGGUCAGCGAGCUGGGCAUUGAGCAGCGCGAUCUUGGUGGCAGCGUCGCCGGCUGCAGCGACGGCCGCAGCCUCAUUGGCCUCGCUG